AUGCCGAUCAAAUUUCCCAAAGGUUUCACCCGGCGGAAAUCGUCUGGGAACGCGCUGGAAGAGGUGGAAAACCCUCCGCAGCCGUCGUUUCGCGUGCUGGAGCGCCCAAGCAGCGAGGGGAGGUUUUUCAAUGAUCCCGGCUCCCUCAAGAAAAUGGCCAACGGCCAUCAUGACGAUGAAGACAAUCUUUUCGCCGGCACUGAGCGAUUUACUUUGAACCGGACCAGCGGUGGGACAGAUCACUCAGCCAUGCACGAGGGCUCCUCGUCCACUCGCUUCAGCUCCUCCUCGACCCUUCCCUCCUCGACCGAUAUGCCCCUACAAGACUCGUCGCCGCAUUCCAGGAACUUCUACGACAUCCCAGUUCCGCCUCUGUCGAGUGCAUUGCGUGCCGCUGGCCGGACCUUUUCCUUCGGAGGGAGACUGUCGAAAACUUCAACGCCGCCGCCGCAUCCUCCACCAUCGGCACGGAACGAAACGCCCAUUACCUCGAGAACCAGGGCUAUGACAAGCAGUACCACCAGUACCGCCACCCCUCCCAGACUGCUGGACGAAGAUAUAGGUCUGGGGAAGAUGGAGGACGAUGGGUUUGGAAAUAUGUUCGACAAUGUCGGUAAACGGGAGAGUAUGGGUCUGCCAUUCCGCUCUUCGAACCGAAAUCCUCAAGAAGCGGCCCGUGUAUCCGCUCCUGCAGAAGCAGAGCUGGCUCUGCGACCAACACCCAUCGCAGUCGAUCGCUCCAGAUUUGUCGAAUCAGCACUCUUUUCGUCGGGAAGUCGCAAUUCCCAGGAUGGAUUGCUCAGCCCCACGGACAGCAACCGAACUGAAUCACCCGCACAGCCUCCAAGAUUGCCUCACUCUCGCUCGAUGCCCGUGGAGGGACGGCGGGCACCUUUGCCGACAUCGAACUCCAUGCCACUGCCAACUACCUCACACCGCUCGCUCGAACGGCCCACGGCGGAUCGAGGUCUGCGACGCAGCGUCGUUUUCGCGGACACUCGCGCUUCGGCGUCUACGGAGGAUGAGGAUGCAAGGUUAGUGAUGCAAUCGCUGUAUAGUAACCGCGCACCGCACCCGUUGGUGUCCGGGGAAUCUGAACAGUCGGGGGCCCGGGAGGAGGACACAUCCCUGUUUGGAUACCGGGAAAGCACCGAUCUCAACUCCGCGAGCACCUGGGCCUCUCCAUCUCAACCCACCCCGCUCCGGCCCACAGACCCGCUCGCUUCCCCCUCGGAGGCCCAGUUGGACGCCGCGAUGAUCGCCGAUCAUGCACGACUCGCACACCGGUUCGAGGAAUCUCAGCCACGAUCAGACUCCCCCGCCAACAAGGUGAUGACCCCGUCACAGUUUGAACACUACCGCCAUCAACAAGAGCUCCGGAGGUCAAACAGUGAUGCCUCCGCCAGCGACGAGUCUUCGGAGAGCGAGUAUGAGGAGGAGGAGGACGAAACGGAGAAGAACCGGGAGGCGGAAAGACAGAGACGCAAGCAGGAAGCCCACCUCUCCAUUUACCGGCAGCAAAUGAUGAAGGUCACCGGCCAACAGCAGCAGUCACCGGCCCCUUCGUUGCGUCCCGAGAUGGACCGCGCGACCAACAGUACCCCAACCCUGACCGCUACUCCCACGAUGAACAACUAUAUGGGCAACAACAACAACAACAACAACAACAACAACAAGUCGGGCAGUGGCAAGAGCGGCAGUGAGGGAGAUGAAGACGAAGAGAUCCCCCUCGGCAUCCUAGCCGCGCACGGUUUCCCGAACCGGAAUCGUCCUCCGACUCGUCUGGCUUCUGCCAGCUCCAACCCGAAUCUGCGCUCAUCGCUCCACCCUUACCUUGGCUCGCCCGGUUCAGCAGCAGCCUCUGGCGAGCUGGACCCGAACAACCGAAACAGUCUGCCAGUCUUCGCGAGGAAUCUGCCCCGUGACCCGUACUUCGGCGCCAGCUUGGUGAAUCCAUCGAAUCGCGAAUCUUUGGCCCUGGGAGGCGGUCUGUCAUCGGUCGCUGGAGGAGGCCCGGCCCCGGCGUUACCCCCAGGAGGCUUGAUCGGCGUGAUCGCCACGGAGGAACGGGCGCGCGCCAUGAGGAGAGGAAGCCCGAACACCCAAACCACCGCCUUUGGACAUCGUGGCGAUCUGCCAGGCAUGGCAUCCGUCCCCAACGGCAUCCCGAGACCAUAUACGAUGAUGAACGUCACGAACGCGCCGCCUGGCUCCCCUGGCCCGCAACAACAACAACAACAACUGGGGAUGUCGCCCGCCGAGCAGGCGCAGAUCCAACUUUCCCAACAGAUGUCCCAUAUGAUGCAGAUGCAGAUGCAAUGGAUGCAGCAGAUGAUGCAGGGGAUUCCCGGCGGUGCCACCCCGCCGCCCAUGCCGCCGCACAUGAUGAUGAUGCCCAACCAUCCUGGCCCCAUGCCGGUCCAUGCCAAUAACGCGAGGCCCGUCUCCAUGAUGGGCAGCGGGGCCGUCCCCUUUGAUCACCAGCCUUCUCCGCCCUUGGCGCCGCCGCUUGGGGGGGGAGACCCGAGGAUGAGUAUGUUCGAUCCCCGAUGGGGAAGCCAGUCGUCCCUCGUCCCACCACCACCACCGGGUGGUGGUGGUGGUCUGCGACCCGGCACGCCUCUGGGACAAGGAUAUGCCCCGUCUAUUGCCCCCUCGGAGCGCAGCAAUAUCGGGCUAUCCUCCCGCUAUCGGCCGGUUUCGACCAUUCAACUCGACGCCACCGCGGCCAAUCGCUCGUCGACCAUGAUUUCCUCCUCCGUCUCCAAGCCGUGGAACGACGAGAACUUCAAACCCAGCAUGUCGAUGACGUCGCUGCCGCGCCCCAGCAUGCCCAAAUCCUCCUCCAUGACCACGGUGACGGUCCGUCCAAUCUCGAGUGAUGGCAAGUCCGCCCUCGGAAUGAAGAACGGCAAUAUGCUUUCUGCCGCUGACGAAGACGACGACGACGAGGGCUGGGCAGAGAUGAUGAAGAAACGAGAAAAGAAGAAGAGCAGCUGGAAGAUGAAGCGAGCCACAUCCAGCCUGGGUGAUUUAUUCAAUGCCGUCCAUUAA